AUGGACAAGAUCCUCCGCCGGGUUGCCAUGGCCGAGCGCCAGGUGACAAAACGAAUCAAGCGCAAGACCCAGCGCCGGUACCAGCAAGAGAAGAAGGAGCGGAUGAGGGAGAUCAAGAGGCACAGAGAAGAAGUCGGCGAGGACAUGCGACAGGCCAUCAUCCGCCGCAACGAGGACCUCAAGUUGGGCCCCAUCGCCCCCAACCGUGACACUGGCAAGCUCAACGAAUUCGGCAACCCAUACGGCGCCAUCUCGGUCGACAGAGCUCUCCUCCACUCCCAGCUCACCCCCGCCCAAAAGGAAGCCCGCUGCGCUUGGGCCGGCGGCUCCAAGAACCUCUGCCUUGCCCCCGGAGACCGUGUAGUCAUCCUCGAGGGCCCCUACAAGGGCAAGAUCGUCCCCAUCAAGACCAUCCGAACCAACACCAUGGUCCUCGAGAUGGAGGACGAGCUCAAGACCAACGUCAAAAUCCCCGAAUACCUCCGCGAACCCGGCUCCUCCCCAGUAGAACCAAUCGCCAUGGCCGUCCCCAUCUCGGCCGUCCGCCUCGUCUACCCCCUCCCCCACCCCGACUCCGGCCACGUCCGCGACGUCAUCGUCCGCGAGCUCAAACCCGUCAACAUCUCCUACGACCGUCCCACCCGCCGCACCCUCUUCUCCCGCCUCGUCCCCGGCCUCAACGUCACCAUCCCCUGGCCCGCCGUUCCCCCCGUCAAGCACAUCGACCACCCAAUCGACACCCUCCGCAUCGACGUCGAGGAACGCACCUACAUCCCCACCCUCCUGCGUCCCCCAAUGCCAGAGGUGGUCAUUGACGAGCUCCGCAACCGCUACAGCAAGUUCCGCACGAGGCACACGGAGGAGUACAUCGCCAAGAUUCAGGCCCAGGAGGACGAGAAGAAGGCCAGGAGGAAGAGCGUCGACACGAUGCUGCAGCCGGUGCAGGAGUACAACAGGAAGCUGAGGGAACUGAGACGGGAGAGGGGCCAGCCGGUGCUGACGGAUGAGAUGUUGGAAAAGAUUGGCAGGGUUAUUGCCAAGAAUCAGGCGCUGAGGAAGAGCGGUGGGUUGGUGAGCGCGCAGUUGGAGCAGAGGAAGAAGCAGGACGAGGAGUUGAGGAAGGCGGUGGAGAGUUUAUCGAUAGAGGGCGGCGAGGGGGCCGCGCCGGUGGACCAACCAAAGGUGUAG